UUACACGCUGCGCAGUGCCGAAAGUAGUGUCGUGGGCCAUUUUGAAAGUGAAUCUAAUAUUGGAUCUCAAAUCAGACCCCUCCCCGCCGCAGAGUGGCAAAAGAACGUGAAACAGAACAGAGCCAGACGAGUAACAAACGAGCGAAAACAACCGCACCCUUUCCAUCGUCGCGGAGCCAGACAGGCUGUGGAAUGGCCAAGAAAGGGAAGGCUAAACCCGGGGUAGGUCCUACCGAUGUGGGGCAGGAAACGGCCGCUCCGGUCGUUGCUCCACCUCCAGUUCCGGCGGUCGCUGAGAAACCCGUGAAGGACGACCCCGCCAAGCCGACCAAGGAAGUGGCCGCUCCAGAGAAGAAGAACAGCCAGCCGCCAGCAGCGAGUGGUGAGAACGAGUUGAGUCGCAAAAAUAGUCGCCGCAACAGCAAGAAGAAGCCGGCCGCACCGCAAGCUCCGGUUCCGGAGCAGGAGCCCAAGGAUGACGGGUCGUCUACGAAGUCCCUCAAGAAGCGGCUGCGCAAGAAGCGCACACGGUUGGUGCACGCGCUGGGAGUCGCCGAGGCCCACCCGUCCAGCGAAACGGCCCAAUCGCUGGAGGAGCUGCGCCAGAAGAUUAAAGCCGUGGAAGGUUUGCUCAGAGACGUGCAGCUCAAGGCAGAGGAGGAACAGAAAAAGGUCGACGGCCUAAAGGAAGCGCAGGCGGUGGCCCAGCCGCCAAAGGACAAGCCCGCGAAGAAACAACCGGAGCCGGAACCGAAGGAGUCGGAGCGCAACCGCAAAACGUCAGAGUCAUCGUCCAAGAACCUUUCCAGCGAAAAGACGCGCAAGGAAGCGGAAGCCAAAAAGCUGGCCACCGAGAAGUCGCACAUCCAGAGCGAAGCGAAGCGUUUGGUCGAGGAGCGAGCCUUGAAGCAGCAGGAGAUGAAGCGGCUGAUGGAGGAGAAGGCCAAGAAGGAUGCGGAGGCCAAGAUGCUGCUGGAGGAGAAGGCCGCCCGGGAGGCUGAGCUGGCCAAGCUGACGCAGGCCAAGGUACGCGUCGACACAGUUGAGCAGAAAAUCAACGAGCUCGACCAGAAGGUUCAGCAGCGCAAGGAAACCGACGCCAAGGCACCGCUGACGGCACCGGACAGUCCGAAGCAGAAGAAGGAACAGGCGCGCACGCGCAAGGAUUCGGAGUCGGUCCAAAAGAAGGAAGCGGAAGAGAAGGCCAAGAAGGACGGGGAAGCAAAGAAGGAAGCGGAAGUAAAGGCAAAGAAGGAAGCGGAAGAGAAGGCUAAGAAGGAAGCGGCAGAGAAGGCAAAGAAGGAAGCGGAAGAGAAGGCAAAGAAGGAGGCAGCAGAAAAGGCAAAGAAGGAAGCGGAAGAGAAAGCUAAGAAGGAAGCAGCAGAAAAAGCAAAGAAAGAAGCAGAAGAGAAAGCGAAAAAGGAAGCAGCGGAAAAGGCCAAAAAGGAAGCGGAAGAGAAAGCGAAAAAGGAGGCAGCAGAAAAGGCCAAAAAGGAAGCGGAAGAGAAAGCAAAGAAAGAAGCGGACGAGAAGGCAAAGAAGGAAGCGGCGGACAAAGCAAAGAAGGAAGCUGAGGAAAAGUCAAAGAAGGACGCGGUGGAAAAGGCCAAGCGAGAGGCCGAGGAAAAGUCGAAAAAGGAGGCGGAAGAGAAACUGAAACAGGAAGCGGAAAAGGCCAAGAAACAGGCGGCGGAAGAGGAAGCCAAGCGGAAAGCGAACGACCAACCGAAACACCAGAACGGAUCGACGCCAGCCACUCAGCCGCCGCCUCAGUCGCCACAACAACAGGACAAACUGUCGCCACCGAAGCAGGACGGGAAAAACAGUAAACGGAAUAAACGGACCCCCAAGAAUAGCGUCUCGGAGGACGAGAAGAACGGCACCAACAAGGCAACCGGGCCAAAAAACGGCCAAAGCGGCGAUUUUGCCUGCUCUGCUGAACUAGUGGCAGCAGUGGCCCAGGCAAAAUCGCAGGAACUCCAGCCAACUCCAGCCGUGGCCGCGGUGAAGACUCCUACCGAACCGAAGGCUGCCCAGCCGGCGAAGCCGGCGAACGGUAAACAACAGACACCGACGACGCCCACAGCGACACCCACAAUGGCCCCCCCGGAAAAGACUCCACAAUCUCAAUCGCCCAAGACGCCGUCUUCACCGAAAGCCCCACCCACUGCCAAGGCGCCGUCUCCACCGAAGACGGCUCCAGCCUCGCGUCCUGCACCCAAACCGAGCACACCACCCGCCUCCAAAAAGCCCGAACCCCCGCCGAAGCCCGAGUUCCUGAAGAAGAAGUCUCCGUCGGUCGAAAAGGAUAAGCUGCCGGCCAAAGCCAGCCAGGUCCAGCCAGCGGCUGCACCUGCACCCGCCACCCAAGCCCCCAGUUCUCCCGUGCCCGUUCCUGCCACUCCUCCGCCUGCCACUGCCGCCGCCGCCGCCAACGACCACGUUCCAGAUCCGGCUGCGGCUGCAGCCCGGCUAAACGAUGAGGUGACCCCGGACGGUGCCAAGAAGCCCGGCGGCGGCGGCGCCGCCGGUGGGGCGGCGUCGAGUGCGGCCGCUGCUGCUGCCGGGGCUGCCGCUAAUGGUAAACCGAAACCCCAGACCCCGAAGAAGCCGGAGGUGCCGCCGAAGCCGGACGUGCACAACAAGAGCGCGGCCAAGAUGAAGACCCCCAUCAAGCAGCCGGGCGGCAAGGCCUCGACGUCUGAUUGCAGGUCGCCGGCGGCAGCGGAGCUAAGUAGAACCGAGGCAUUUAAGAAAAACAUGGACAUUAUAUCGACCAUCGCGGACGUGCUGCUGUCCUACCCGCGCUCCAAGCGGACCCGUUCCACCGCUGGCGACUCCUCCAGCAGCAGCACCAGUAGUAGCAGUGCCCCCAAUUCCCUCCCCACCGCCCUUCAAUCAUCCAACGCUUCGCCAGCUUCACUGUUUUCGUCCCUCUUCCCAUCAUCAGCGGCCACCACGCUUAGCGAGCCGACCGCUUGCCCUUUCGCUAACGGAACGUCGGACCACGGAGAGGUGAACGGGGCCAAGCAGAGACCGAAACUAGACCUCGAGCGUAUAUUGCGGAUCCUGCAGUCGAGCCAGCGUAGCCCCGAGUCCGUCGAGAACGGUCACUCCCCAUCCUGCACGGAUGGUGAGGGCCCAGAGACCAACGGAACCGCCGCCUCCUCCAAUGGCGAGCAGGAUACCGAGCAGGAUCUCGAGGGCAAUCCCUUGGGGUCGUUCUUCACCAAAGACGCACUCCGCAUGCUCCUGCCCACGUUGCAGGAGGUGAACGUGAAGUUCAACGUCGAGAAGCAGCUGGCCGCCCUCAAUGCGACCGCGGCGAUGGCGAAGAUACUGCCGAAGACGCUACCGCCCGGCACCGACACUACCGAGGAGGACGAGGAAGACCUGCUCGACGAGGAAGAGGAGGACACGAUCGAGUACAAGUUUAUGCCCCGUCCGGUGUUCAUCGCUACCAUCUGUCAGGUUUGCAAGAAUCCGCUCAAGACGUUCUUCCACUGCGAGCGAUGCAUGAUGGUGCCGUACUGUGGCGAGGAACACCGUCGUACAGACCAGACAGCACACCGGGACCUGUGCGCGGUUCUCUGCGAAAUCGCCGCCCAAAGAGGAGGUCACAUCUACCAGCCGGCCGUGGGACUAAACGCCCAGGAUUACCGCACCCUGCGCGUGCACACGCUCAACCAAGUGGAGCUGAUGGCCCGACGACCGCUCCAGGCGUUCGAGCGCGAGAUUGUGCUGUUUCCACGCGUCUGCCUUGCACCGGAUUGCCGCGAAUGGCGGCAGGACCGUCUGACGGAGUGUCGCGACUGUCGGCAGGUGUCGUACUGUGCGGCCCAUCCGGCCCAUCUACCGAGCUCGCACGGUCGCUGGUGUAAGGCGUACCUCCUCUUCCAGAAGCUCAUCCUGCGCCAGCGGAUUCUCGGACGCAUCGAACCCCCCAUGCCAGCCCGUAUCCUGACCAAAGCAUCACCACUACCGUUGAACAUUGACGAAACCAUCAAACAACUGUACAAGAACUCGGCCGCUCUCCGUGACGAGUGUGUCUACGCGGUCCUGUCCCAGAUAGCGACGGCACCACUGACGGCCCUCCACGCCCUGCAGCGUGCUGAGCGGCCCCUGGGGAGCACCUUCACGAUCCAUCUGGUCGGAGCCGAGCUGCAGUUCGAAGGUGACACUCUGGACAAGUGGGAAGCGUUCUUCCUUCACCUCGUACCGGAGGUCACCGUGCUGCGGGUGGUGUUUAUCGGUCCCGAGCUGAACGUGGAGAAUCUGCCCAUCGACGUCAUCAGCCGCAUCAGAAUGUGUCGCACCUGUCGGUUGAAGUGUCGCGUGGUGGCGUUCGAUUUCCAGAGUCGCACGAUGUACCACGAGUACCGCAGCUCGCCGCAGCGCUACCGGCCGCCGGAUCUGAUCUGUUUCUUCAACCCCGGCCUGCACCGUACCACCGGUUACGCAGGCGUCGAUUCGUGGCCCCGCACCAUCCGUGACGCCACCGGGGCCGGCUGUCCGAUCGUGGUAACCUCGUACACCGAGCUCGAGUCACCGCUCGAUCUGCAGCGGCUCGUGCAAGAAUCGGUACGCCCGCUGCAGAUCAUCCAAGGGCCGACCGUCAAUCCGUACGGCUCGAAGCGCCCCGACCGUAACUUCAUCUCGGACGAAACGGCACCGAUGAUCUUCAAAAACUACUACUACUUCCUCGUCCAAUAGGCCGCCCGCCUAGUCGAUAUAAUGCCCUUGUUUUGUCCGAUUAGAUUUCAUUUCGUUUGAAUGCUUUUAAUCUCUCAUUUUCCAACGUAACGACGUGUCCUUAGUGUCUUACAAUAUCCCGCGCCGUGGCGCGUCAUUUCAAUUUUGAUGUGCAAUAAACGCUAAUCAGUGUAUCAGUGA